ACUGGGCUGCUAUUGGGGGAUACUGGGAUGCUAUUGAGGGACACUGGGAUGUUACUGGGGGCACUGGGGUGCUAUUGGGGUCAAUGGACAGCAGCACUGGGAUGUCAAUGCAGAGAUACUGGGGUGGUACUGAAGGCACGAGGUGUCACUGGAGGGCAAUGGGCAGCACUGGGAUGUCACUGGGAUGGUACUGGUCCGGGACUGAGCUGGUGUGUACACUCUGAUACCCGUGGCAGCGGGCGGCGCUGCGGGCCCCAUUGCAGCCCGGCCCCAUUGCAGCCCCGCACUAUUGCCAUGCGACGGCUGCCGACGCCCACGCAUGCGCAAAGAGCAGCUUUUCGAGCUCAAACUACAAAUCCCGGCGUGCUCAGCACCUCACUUCCGCUCCCGGCGUGCCUUGCGGGGGGCGGGGGGGGACGAAGCAUCCCGGCGUGCAUUGCGCGGGCGCGGGUCGCUCAGUGCGGCCAAGAUGGCGGCGGAGCGCAGCGCCUCCCAGGCCCCGGCGGACGUGGAGAGCGAUGAGUGCCUGGCGGAGUACCGGCACCUCUACAGCCCCGACAUCCUGCAAGGCCGUGUGGCCUUCAUCACCGGCGGCGGCUCCGGGAUCGGUUUCCGUAUCGCGGAGGUGUUUAUGAGGCACGGCUGUCGGACCGUCAUCGCAGGACGCAACCAGCAGCGGGUGGCAGAGGCCUCAAAAAAGCUGGUGGCAGCCACAGGGCAGCAGUGCCUGCCUCUGUCCGUUGAUGUCAGGCAGCCACAAACCAUCAUGGCAGCUGUAGAUGAGACGCUGAAACAGUUCAAACAGAUUGACAUCCUGGUUAAUGGUGCUGCAGGAAACUUCCUGUGCCCAGCCAGCGCUCUGUCCUUUAAUGCCUUCAAAACAGUGAUGGAUAUUGACACUCUUGGCACCUUCAACACCUCCAAAGUCCUCUUUGAGAAAUAUUUCCGCGACCACGGUGGGGUCAUCGUUAACAUCACAGCAACUCUGAGCUACCGAGGGCAGGCCCUUCAGGUGCACGCCGGUUCUGCUAAGGCUGCUAUAGAUGCCAUGACCCGUCACCUUGCUGUGGAGUGGGGUCCCAACAACAUCCGAGUGAACAGCUUGGCACCAGGCCCCAUCACAGGCACCGAGGGCUUCCGGAGGCUGGGUGGAAAAUUUGCCCAGGACUCCAACCAGUUUGACACGAUCCCCCUCCAGCGUGCGGGGAACAAGACGGAGAUCGCCCACAGUGCUCUGUACCUGGCGAGCCCCCUCUCCUCCUACGUGACUGGCACCACAUUGGUCGUGGAUGGUGGGAGCUGGCUGACCUCUGCCAACAGCUUCUCCGCCUUGCUGGAUGUCUGGGCUGCAGGAGCAAACAAGAAUCAAUGACGGACAGCCUGGGAUUGACUGACGGACUGAAAUGUGACUGAAUGCUGCUUCCUUGGGACGUCUCGGGGUGGAAUCACCAGAGCAGGAGCUGAGAGCAGCGAUGUGGUGAUGCUGCUGAUCCCACUCUUCCCUGGGGGAGGGUGCACCAAGGAUGCUGCAGGGGAGCAAGCAUACCCCAACCUCACACUGUUACAGCCUUCUGAGCUGCUGUGCCAAAGGUGAUGAGGGUAGUGGAGGGCAAUGGGCUGUGGUGCUCACCAUCUGGUCUGGUUUUGCUAUUUUGGAGUCCCAGUCCUGGAUAUCUGUCUGUUUCCUGCUCUCUUCCCUUUCUUUGCCUGGGAGCAGCACAGGACUCCUGCAGCAGCUCCUUUUUGGGAUGGCAGAUAGUUCAGCCCAAUCUGGGUUGGGAAAAGCUGUGCAUUUCCCCACUGUCGUUACUUGCUGCCAGAUCUGCAGCUUGUCCUGCUGGGAGAACGAGAUCAGAUGAGCUGCAGCGCUCAGGGCAUCCUUUGCUUGGGAGCUCUUGGAGACAAACAAAGACCGAGGUGGCUCUGGCAGGUGGAUGGGCAGCUUCGCUUCCUCUGGGGGCUCCUGGCUGGAGCAGCAGCACCUUGAGGUUGGUGCAGAGGAACCUGGGGUGUCCUUGUCCUUUCCAUUGGAGCAGAGGUGGUGGGAGAUGAGAGCUGAGCAGGGAUGGUCCCAUCCCAUCAGCUGAGCCUGAGCUGCCUACCAUCCCCCCACUGUCUGCCUGCCAUCCCCCCACUGUCUGUCUGCCAUCCCCCCACUGUCUGUCAGCCCUAAUGGCACAGACCCCAAUCUGCUGCCGUCCCCUUUCUUUAUCCAGACCCCACAGCAGAAGCUGAAUCAGAGGCCAGCAGAAAUCCAGCCCUUUCUGAGCAAUGAGGAGCCGCACUGUGUGUGUGCUCCAGGGGCCCUGCAGUGCCCCCCCACUGCUGCCAGCAGCUUUUUAGCUUACCCUCAUUUCUUUCAAUCUUAAUUUUAACGAUUGCUGAAGUUCCCUUUUCUUUUCCUACGUGAUUGUAGACUCGACAGGUUUUGCUCCUUCCUCCAGGCCACAAAUAAAGAACUUCCAGCCUGA